GUGCGAGAGAGAAUUUUGAGUUAUCCCUUGGUGGCCAUUUUUCUCAGGCCGCCCUGAUCUCACCGGAUUCUCUCCGAUUGUAUCUCCUUCCCAGAUCUUCAUCGUUUUCCAAUCGGCUGAUAUACAUACACAUAGAGGGAGAGGUUUAUGUACAGUUUUCGUAAAGGAAAAUGGGGGUGAUAUCAAGGACGGUGUUCCCGGCCUGCGAGAGUCUGUGCUUCUUUUGUCCGGCGUUGCGUACCAGAUCCAGGCAUCCUGUUAAGCGUUACAAGAAAAUGCUCGCUAUGAUUUUCCCUCGAUCUCCGGAUGAACAACCAAAUGAUCGCAUGAUCAAUAAAUUGUGUGAAUAUGCAUCUAAGAAUCCUCUUCGUAUCCCGAAGAUCACAAGUUUGCUGGAACAAAAGUUUUACAAGGAACUGAGGAGUGAACAGUUUCAUUUAGUAAAAGUUGUUGUGACAAUCUACAGGAAGUUGUUGGUUUCUUGCAAGGAGCAAAUGCCAUUGUUUGCAAGCAGCUUUCUCAGCAUCAUACACAUCUUGCUAGAUCAAACACAACGAGAUGACAUACGCAUAUUGGGAUGUGAGGUUCUUUUUGAUUUUGUGAAUAAUCAGAGUGAUGGUACGCAUAUGUUCAACUUAGAUGGAAUGAUUCCAAAACUUUGUCUUUUAGCUGAAGAAAUGGGAGAGGACAGCAGGGUACAACGCUUGCAUUCUGCUGGGCUUAAGGCGCUAUCAUCAAUGGUUUGGUUCAUGGGUGAAUUCACUCAUAUUCCAGCUGAUUUUGAUACUGUUGUUUCAGUGCUCUUGGAGAAUUAUGAAGGUUUCGAGGAAACAUCAGAUAAUGCUACUCAAGAAAAGCAAAAUACCCAAAAUGGCACUGCUCAAGAGAGCUUCCCUCCUGCAGAUACCCUCACAAGGUUUUCCUGGAGGAGUAUUGUGAAUGAGAAAGGAGAAGUUAAUGUGCCAGCGGAGAAUGCUGAGAAUCCCAGGUUUUGGUCAAGAGUUUGUCUGCAUAACAUGGCCAAGUUAGCAAAGGAGGCUACAACUGUGCGGCGUGUCUUGGAAUCAUUGUUCCGAGCCUUUGACAAUGAGGACCUCUGGCCUCUCAAUCAUGGUGUAGCUCUUUCUGUCUUGCAGGACAUGCAGCUAUUAAUAGAGAAAUUUGGGGAGAACACACAUUUUUUGUUGUCCAUCUUAAUAAAGCACCUCGACCACAAGAAUGUUUUAAAGAAACCUAGCAUGCAGCUAGACAUUGUCAAGGUUGCCACCUCCCUUGCUCGCCAAACAAAGGUUCAAUCAUCUGUACCUAUAAUUGGUGCACUAAGUGAUAUGACAAGGCACCUUCGGAAAAGCAUUCACAUCUCACUUGAUGAUUCCAAUCUGGGAGAUGAAAUGAUUCAAUACAACCAAAAAUUUCGAGCAGCGGUUGACGAUUGCCUUGUGCAGUUAUCACUUAAGGUUGGAGAUGCUGGUCCUGUUCUCGAUAUGAUGGCUGUUAUGCUGGAGAACAUGCCAAACAUUACUCUUAUGGCCAGAACCUUGAUUUCUGCUGUUUACCGUACUGCUCAAAUUAUGGCAUCUGUACCAAAUUUAUAUUAUCAAAACAAGGCUUUCCCUGAGGCACUGUUUCAUCAGUUACUCGUAGCUAUGGUCUUUGCAGACCACGAAACUAGAGUUGGUGCUCACCGUAUAUUUUCUGUUGUGCUUGUCCCAUCUUCUGUUUGUCCCCGCUCUCAAGCUACAGCUACCCAUCCAAAGAAGAAAAAUAUGCAAAAGACACUCUCAAGAACUGUGUCAGUGUUUUCUUCUUCAGCUGCACUCUUUCACAAACUGGGUAGGGAGCAUCAUUUGUCACAGGAAGAUAUCUGCAUUGAGAAAGUAGAGAAAGGUUUAGACAAUAAGCCUGGGAACCGAAUUCGUAGUGUUAGGCUACCCAUCAUGAAUGAAAAUGAAACAUCAGAUAGUCAAGAUGCAAAGAGUGAAAAUACUUCAAUUCUUAACAGGUUAAAGUCCUCUUACAGCCGAACUUAUAGCGUCAAGAAGAAUCCAUCAACUUCAAUGGAUGAAGAAGAACCUCUGAGUAAUGAUGUUGAAGUUGCGGCAUUACCUCUUCGAUUAAGCAGCCAUCAGAUCACUCUUAUGCUUUCAUCAAUUUGGGCACAAUCCAUCUUUCCUUCAAAUACACCAGAAAAUUUUGAAGCAAUUGCUCAUACCUACAGCUUGGUGCUGCUAUUUGCAAGGACCAAGAACUCCUUUAACGAGGCUCUGAUUCGAGGCUUUCAGCUGGCAUUUUCCCUAAGGAACAUAUCUUUGGGAGGAGGAGGACCACUGCAGCCAUCACGCCGCAGAUCACUUUUCACUCUGGCUACAUCUAUGAUCAUCUUCUUAUCAAAAGCCUACAACAUCCCCCCUCUUGUGCCUUGUGUCAAAGCUUUGCUUACUGAUAGAACUGUCGAUCCAUUUCUACAGUUGGUUGAUGAUUGCAAGUUACAGGCUGUUGAUAAUGGAGCCGAGCAUCCAAGAAAGGUUUAUGGAUCAAAAGAGGAUGAUGAAGAUGCAUCAAAGUCACUUUCAGCAAUAGAAAUAACAGAGAACCAAUCCAAAGAAUCACUUGCUACCAUGGUAGUGAAGUUUCUUGGCAAUUUGUCAGAGAAAGAAUCAUCUAGUAUAAGAAAGCAGUUGCUUAAUGAUUUCAUCCCUGAUGAUGCAUGUCCACUGGGAACUCAGUUGUUCUCUGAGAAACCAGGACAAAUCUACCAGCCUGUUUCGAAAGAGAAUGAAUCUCCUGAAAAGGUUGAGCAUCCACUCUUCAUGAUAGAUGAUGAUGUUUUAGCCAGUAAGUCAGAAAGUCAAGUGGGUGCAGACGUUCAUCUGGCACUUCAAACUGCAUGCCUCCUGAGUGUUGAUGAACUUCUAAAUGCAGUCUCAGAGACAACAAAUCAAGUUGGAAGAUUCUCAUCCUCUGCUACAACUGACAUGCCUUAUAGUGAAAUGGCUGGCCAUUGUGAGGCCCUUCUGGCAGGAAAGCAGCAGAAGAUGUCUGCCUUCAUGAGUGCUCAGCAGAGUCUAGAUUUAAUUUGCUUCUCUACGAUGGAGACACAAUCUAAUUCCAAUGUUGAACCAGUUGUGUCACAGAGUGGAAAUCCAUUUGCAGACGAAGACUGUUAUGCUAGCUCUAUAAGUCAAUCUGCCAGUACUGGUCCAUCGCGUUGUGCAGCUGCAUGCCAAUACCCUGCCUGCUUCUUUCAGCUUCCUGCCUCAAGCCCAUAUGAUAAUUUUCUAAAAGCUGCUGGUUGCUGAUAUCAGAGAGAAGGACAAGUAGCUCCAUGAAUGAACAUGAGCCUUUAGAUCAGAAUAAUACUUUCAUACUUUGCCUUCUAAUACCGUCUGCACCCACUCCUGAAUCUUCCACAGCUGUUGGAUUGGCAAUCUCUGAUAACAUGCCAGGGAUGGUUUUGGGUGCCUCUCUUUCUCUAGUUCAUUCAUAUUUUGUCGUGUUAUAUGUUAUUAUUAUUAUCAUUAUUACUGGACAGGAUUGUAGAGUUUAGGUUUGCCAUGCCCGACUGAGAAAAAUGUCAUGUAAAUGGAGAAAAGUGUAAAUGGAGAAAAAUAUUAUUUAUGCCAUCUCAAGUUAUAUGUAUGAGAAUAAGAAAGGUGCUAUAAAUGUGUCAAUGAAGU